CAGAUCCAAUGUCCUGUUCCCUGGAGUGAGUUUCAGUCCGUCUAGAUCAAGCUCGGAGGUUGAUGCUCGGCGCCGCGUCUUCCGCACCGGGAGCCCGAGAUCCCGCGGCCGUCGCAGUCCCAGCAUCCGCCCGUCCCGGUCGCGCGGAGCUCCGCCUCGUCGGGAGACGCUCUGCUGCCGUGUCCGGAUCGGCGUCAGUUUCCGGGCAUCUGGCCUCCCAGGAAGAAGGCCAGACUCAGGGACCAUGCCCUGCCCCCCAGCCCUCCAAAGCCCCACCUACUCCAAACAUUGAGGUUACAGCACUUUCUCAGCCGUGACUGUCUUGCUGCACUUCCUGCCAUCUGCCCCAUCCUACCAGCUUCAGAUCUGAUUGAAAGCUCUGUCCUCCCUGCUGGGUGACUCACAGAAGAAAAGAAGAGGAAACUGCCCAGAAUCCAGCUAUCACCCCCUAGACAUUUAAACAACUCUGCAGUUCCUCAGACCCUUCCUCAGCUCACCCUAGAAGGGAAAAGAUUCAAACUCUUCAUCACAGUACAUGCAUACAACAGGCGGAAAGCAAAGCUUGGUAACCACCUUGGCACUGCCUGUCUCUGUGAUGCUGAAGACAUUCUCCUUCCUGUGCAUUACAGAGAAGAUUCAAAUUUCUAGAGUUUGUAAACUUUGGAAGAUGCUAGUUGAACAUUCUGCACUUUGGAGACGUGUGUCUGACACCUUACAGGCUUUGCCGGCUUAGUGCUUGGACUGUCUGUGAGUGAAAACCCAGAGAAAGACACCUGGCAACUGAGUUAUUGACAAUGCAGCCACUGGAAUCAGUGACAUUUGAAGAUGUAGCUGUAGACUUCACCCAAGAAGAGUGGGCCCUGCUGGACACAUCCCAGAGAAAGCUAUUCAGAGAUGUGAUGCUGGAAAAUAUCAGUCUUCUGGUCUCCAUGGGGUAUCAGCAUUGCAAAUCAGAGGUGAGUUUCCAGUUGGAGCAAGAAGAGCUGUGGAGUGGAGGAACAGGAUUUCUCCAAGGCCAGAGUCCAGGCAGAGAGAGUGCCCUUAAAGAACAAGAAAUGAUAGCCACACAACAUGUCAGCAAGAAGCACACAUCUACAAUCAUGCCAAUGCAGAAAUCUCACACUCCAGAGGAUCCCUUUGAAUGUAGUGAUUUGGGAGAAGAUUUCACUGAUAGCUCCACAUUGACUCAACAAUCCUUAACUCACCCAGAAAAGAAACCUUAUGUCAGCAAACAGUGUCAAAAAUCCCUUAGUGAUCAAACAUGCUUUAAUCAACAUAAGCAGAUUCACUCUAGAGGUAAAUCAUGUGCAUGCCAUCUGUGUGGGAAAGCCUUUAGUAAUUGCUCUAGCCUUAGACGACAUGAGAUGACUCACACUGGAGAGAAACCGUAUGAAUGCCGUAUCUGUGGGAAUGCCUUUAUUCAAAGUUCUGACCUUAGAAAACACAAUCUAACUCACACUGGAGAGAAACCAUAUGAAUGUCAUCUCUGUGGGAAAGCCUUCAGUCAGUCCUCUAACCUCAGACAGCAUGAGAGAACGCACACUGGUGAGCAACCCUAUGAAUGUCAUCUAUGUGGGAAAGCGUUCAGUAAAUGUUCUGCCCUUAGACGACAUGAGAGAACUCACACUGGAGAGAAACCAUAUGAAUGCCAGCUGUGUGGGAAAUCCUUCAGUCAAUGUUCUGCCCUUAGACGACAUGAGGGAACUCACAAUGGAGAGAGAAUCAUGAAUGCCUUCACUAAAUAUUCUGACUUGAGAUGACAUGGUAAUAUAAUUGUAAUGAAUGUGGAAGAAACAUCAAUCAUAGUUUAACAUUUAAACACACCAGAGGACUCACAUUGAAGAAACACUGUCUGUAAUCAACGUGGAAGAUCCUUUAGUCAUCCUUCUUUGACAUACACAAAUCUAUAUGGAAGAGAAUCGUGUGUGUGACAACUGUGUGGCAAAACCUUCAGUCAGCGUUCUGAGCGUAGAUGACCUGAGAGAACUCACACUGUAAAUAUAAGGAAUGUAGACGUGUUCAGCAACAGCUCUAAACUUUAAACACACUAGAGGUCUCACGCAGAGGCGGACCCCUAGGUCUAUAGUCAAUGUGUGAAUAUUCUCAUUUUUAAUCCAUAGAUAAACAACAAGAGCAAACUCCACUUGGGAGAACCCCUAGGUCUGUAAUCACUGUCAACAAAUAUGCAGCUGAGUACCAGGCAUAGCAUGUGCAGGAAGACUCAGUGAAGGAAUAACGCUAAAACAGGAUGUGGGGGGAUGAAGCCUCUUGAGGAACACCAAAUAAUUCAUAGUGGAGAAGAGAUUCAAUGAAAACACUCUCAGUGUCAUGAAAGAAGGAAAAUCUUCAGAGAUCAUUCAUGUCAUAGUCAACAUUAAGGUUCUUUACUGAGGUGAUAGCAAUCCUAAAGUCAAAGUGGAGAAAACUUCAGCUGGAUUUCACAUCAGAAAACAAAGUCUAGGGGGAAAAAACCCUCUAAUAGAACCUUUUAAUAUACAAGUAAUUCAGAAUUUUGAGAAAAUAUCUAUUCAAUAGGAAAAAUGUGGCAUAUAAGUGCAAGAUACUAAAAUGAUCUGGGAAUACUGAAUGGAGAAUUUUGUGAAAAGUUAAAACUUUUAAAUAGACUAUUACUUGUAAAUAUUUAAACAAUAAAUUCAGUUGCUGAAAAUCUAA